AUGAUAGUUUACGUUCUUGAGUUAGCUGAUGGUCAUUAUUAUGUUGGGCGUAUCGAUAAUUUAACGGCGCGACUAGAAGCGCAUGCAAAUGGGCGUGGCUCUGAAUGGACUAAACAAUACCCGACGAUCCAACUAAAAGGAACGUAUGAGGAAACUUCCCCGUUCUACGAAGAUAUGAUCACAAAAAUAAUGAUGGCCAAAUACAGGAUCAGCAAAGUUCGUGGUGGUAGCUACUCACAAGUGUUUCUUCCAAAGUCAAAGCAUUUUGCAAUUGUAUCUGAGUUACGCGGAGCUAAAGGAACGUGCUUCCGCUGUGGUGGGUCACACUUUGUUCGCAGUUGCAAGGAACCUAGAACAGAUGUAGGCGAUCCGCCAGAAGAAAUGGUAGAAGAAUCAGGGCUUGCGUAUCGUUUGUUGCAAGUGCACAUCGUAAAGCAACCAGAGCAAUAA